GUCAACGAUCCGGCCCCAGUCAGACGUUGGCACCGAAUCGCUCCAGCAUCGACAAAGGAAAGAAACCCAUGGCAAUGGGAGAGAAACCAGAAACCCUUGGAACGCGUAUCCCUGAAACUCCUCUCACCAAUGAACCACCACGUCAGCCGCCUCCGCCGUUCCUCGCCGGUGAGCCAAGCAAUCCAGGAACCGCAAGCUCUCCUGUUCCUCCCACCACUCAUCCUCGCUCCUUGUCAAGGUUGAUCUUGUUCCCCAAUGUUGAUAUUCUUGGCGAUCCCACCUCCGAUCAGCUCAAUGUCCUCAUUUUCCGAUAUCUUGAGGAAAAAGGUUUUGCACACACUGCAUUUAACUUUGCAACGGAGGCGGGGAUUAAGAACGUCAAUAAUAUUGAUAAAAGUGCAAUUCCGAAGGGUGCUCUCUUUUCGUUUGUGCAAGAUGGUCUUAGAUACACACAACUGAAGGCAAAUUUACAUUCUAGUGACUCGGGUUCUUUAAUCGAGUGUUGUCGCCUUGAUCCUCUGGAUAUUAUCACAAAUAGUGUGCAUAGUUUAUCACAAAUCAUUAAACAUAGGAAAGAAAAUGCUAAGAAAAGAACUAUUGAUCAUGGAGAAGGUAUUGACUAUGGUGCGGCAGACCAAGAGCCAGUAAGCAAAAGACAGAAUAAAAGAAAAGAUAAAGAACAUAGUAAAGACAUGAGAAUGCAGCAGGGAUCCCUGGAUUUGAAAGAUCAAUCUAAAGUUGAUGUUCAUAAAGGACCUCUAUUAAUGGGUCAGACCCCUAGUAUGCCAUCAGUGGCUCAUCAAGUUUCGGAAUCAGAUGUAUUUGUCUUGGAAGGACAUAGUUUAGAGGUUUCCAUCUGUGCUUGGAGUCCAACCGAUUCUCUUCUGGUGGUUGGGUCUUCAAAUUCAAUGUCACGAAUAUGGGAAAUUUCAGAUGACUUCUCCAUGCGUAGUUCAAUUUCAAGGGUGCAUUUUAUUAAUCAUUCUGAUGCUAAAACCUAUGGACUAGGUGGGCCAAUCACCACACUUGCUUGGAAUGGAGAGGGGGAACUACUUGCAACAAGUUCAGUCAAUGGGCGGGCAAGUAUUUGGAAUAAAAAUGGUAAGUUACUGAAGACACUAGAUGAACAUGGACAUUCUAUAUCGUCAAUGGCAUGGAGCAGGAAAGGUGAUUUCCUCCUAACUGGAAGUUACAACAACACAGUUAUUAUCUGGGACACAAGAACAUGGAAGUCAAAGCAAGAAUUAACAUUUGAUUCAGAACUAUUGCGUAGUGUUGAAUGGAGAAACAAUACUUCAUUUACAACUUGUUUGAGGGACAAGAGAAUUUAUGUUUGGAACGUUGGAGAUUCUCAGCCAAUUAUAACUUUUGCUGGACAUCAGGACGAAAUUGGUUGUAUCAAAUGGGAUCCUACUGGGACUUUGUUGGCUUCAAACUCUAAUGAUGGGGCUAUAAAGAUAUGGACCUUGACACAGGACAAAAGUCUGCAUAAUCUGAUGCACUGUGAGGGUAUAAACAGUAUUAGAUGGAGGCCUACUGGCCCAGGCACCAGCAGCCCCAAUGAUCAGUUAUUGCUUGCUAGUGCUGGAGAUGACGCAACAGUCAAAAUAUGGGAUGGUGCACAAGGGCAACUCCUUUACUCCUUCAACGGUCACGGGACACCUGUAUUUGAAAUAGAGUUUAGCCCGGAUGGCGACUAUAUAGCUAGUGGAUCAGUUGAGCAACGUUUAUUGAUAUGGAAAGUCAUAGAUGGGAUGAUUGUGAAGUCCAUCGUUGGCUGUGAUCCUUCGAUUUAUAAUCUUUCUUGGAAUAGAGAAGGCAACAAAAUAGCAGCAGGUUACCAAAACAGCACUCUUUGUGUGAUUCCCUUAUGGUAGAUCCUUUUUCUGUGCGUUGAGAAGCUAUGCAGCCUUUUGUAUUUUUUUUUCUCAACGGUCUUACACACAUGCUGAUCCUUUUUCUUUUCUCAACUCAUUGCUGCUAAUCUUUAGUCACAAAAGACACUAGUAAACCUGAUUCUUUUUGUAUACAUUUCUCUUUCUUGCAGUGCAAUGACAAAAUCAUUCUUUCA